AUGGUUAUUGACAUUGUAGAAGAUCUGCAGGAAGAAGCUAACCCCAUACAGUCAAGUUUGCCAGUUCAAGAUGUAAAUCUAAAGCUUAGUGAUGACAACCUUCAUGAAACUGAUUUGAGUAACACAGAAGCUGGUGACAAAGGCUUAGAUCAAACUGCAAAGCCAGAGUUACCAACAUCUGACAAGAGUUUACAUGGCAUUGAGCAAAAUCCAAAUAGUAUAGUGAUUGGAUUCAGUGAUUCAGAUUCCGACACUGAAUCUGAAGGGAUACCAGAAGAGAAUAUGUCCUCCAUCUUUGAACGUGAUGCCAAGAAGCUAGUCAAAGAACUGGGGAAGGGGGAUCUCAUACCUGUCCAGAGUCUUCUCAACUCUACUCGUUUCCGCCCCUUCUGCCUGAUUCGGAAGAAGGAAAAAAAAUUUCCCUGGUUCUUUGAACCUACCUUUUUGCAUACAUAUUUCUCCCUCAUGGACAUCUUGGAGCCAAGUUCCCCAGUCCCAGAAGUGACGUCAAGCAAACCCCUCCAUUUCUAUCAAACAGAGUAUAAGGAGUUACAGGGAGAGAGGGAUCUGAAUGUGACCAGUGAGAUGCAGGAGGAGGUGGCAGGGGCUUCCGUGUCAUCACGCAACUUGGCUCUGAAGCUACAGAUCCUCACUGUUGACCCCCAAAUCUGGGAGGCCUUGAUGGAGAGAGUCAAACUCAAGGUCAAACAGCUGGAAAAAAAGGGAGUGAUUGUUAACCAGGGCAGCAUCUUGGCUUUUCGGGCUCUGGAGCUGUUCAUUCACAAUGAUGAAUGGAAUAGAUUGACUGGGAAACAUAUCUAUGCUCCAACAAAUUUUGAGGAAUUUCAGGAAAUGAUGAUAAGGGAGCAAGAAGCUCUUCUCAAAGGGUCCAGAGAGCUCCGGGUCACACUGCUCCACGUAAUCCAAGAUAUACUAGGAAACAGGAAGGCUCUACAAGACCUGGAGGACAUGUUGGAUCAGGUGCCAGACAUGAGAGAGAAGGGGCAAUUGGAAGGCCCUGGGGUCUGCAUCCUAAAACACCUACAAGACAACUCAGGAGAUGCAUCCAACCAACGGACAGAGAGCAUCCUCUACUUCCUCAGAGCACUAAUGAUCCUGACUGACACUCAGCAAGAGCUGCUGGACCAGUCCCUGGAGAAGAGGAUCCUGCCUCAGCAGCUGGAACUGGUUAAGAGUAUCUUGAAAACAAACUUCGGUCAACAGGGAGAAAGUUCAUUCUCUGUCCAUCCAGAGCUUCUGUCUGAACUCAAAGAUGAAGAUCAGGCUAUCACAAUGAAUCUGAUGAAAGAGUGUGGUCUAAAUCUUGAGUGUGCUGGAUCUCAGACAAAAUGGAAUAGAGAGGCAGAAAGCUCUAUCUCUGCACUCUGUGUGGUCAUCUCAUUCCUGCAGCUGCUGACUCAAGCUUAA